UCCUCCUCUUCAGUUUUCCUUCCCACUCAACAAACAAACAAACAAACCAGCGUUAACGUAACGAGAAGCCGUUCAUUUCCAUUCCCAGGCCUACAACAAACAUCUUCCUCCCCUGUUUUUGAAUGCCAUUCUCAUUUAAUUUCUCUUCUCAUCAAUUCCCGUAUCCAUUUUUUUUUCUCUUCUUUUCUUUUUUCACCUUGAUUCCAAUCUAGAUCUCCGUGUUUGGCCUCAAAUUCCAUGAGUAACUACGACACCAACUCCAACCCCUUCGCCGAAGAAGAUGUCAAUCCCUUCGCCGCCAACGCAGGAAGCGUUCCCCCUGCAACCUCAAAGCUUAAACCCCUUCCUCCUGAGCCUUAUGAUCGUGGAGCAACUAUUGACAUUCCUCUUGAUACCUCAAAGGACAUCAAGGCAAAGGAGAAAGAACUUCAAGCCAGAGAAGCUGAGUUGAAAAGAAGGGAACAGGAGCUAAAGCGAAAGGAAGAUGCUAUAGCACGAGCUGGAAUAGUUAUAGAGGAAAAGAAUUGGCCUCCUUUUUUCCCCAUCAUUCAUCAUGAUAUUGCAAAAGAAAUACCAUUGCAUCUUCAAAGGAUCCAGUAUGUUGCGUUUACAACAUGGUUAGGCUUUAUCAUAUGUCUUGUAUGGAAUAUUGUGGCUGUUACUAUGGCUUGGAUCAAAGGAGAAGGUACGUCAAUAUGGUUUCUUGCUAUCAUAUACUUCAUUGCUGGUGCCCCUGGAUCCUAUGUGAUAUGGUAUCGCCCUCUUUAUCGUGCUAUGAGGACAGACAGUGCUCUAAAGUUUGGCUGGUUCUUCCUGUGUUACAUUUGGCAUGUUGCGUUCUGCAUUUUUGCUGCAGUUGCUCCUCCAAUUAUCUUCAAAGGAAAAUCUCUAACAGGUAUACUACCUGCGCUUGAGGUGUUGACCUACAAUGUAUUGGUUGGGGUAUUCUACUUAAUUGGGUUUGGUUUUUUCACGAUAGAAUCACUCUUAAGCAUCUGGGUUAUGCAGCAAGUAUACAUGUACUUUCGCGGCAGUGGGAAGGCUGCAGAGAUGAAGCGCGCGGCUGCGAGAGGGACCAUGAUGGCAGCUAUGUGAUAGGCAGGGAGGGCGACUAAAUGAGGAAAUUGGCACCAGCAAAUGUGUUCCUGAUGAUUUUCCAGUUCCUUGCACCCUUUCUGUUUGGAUGUUUAUUCCCUAGGUUUUGGCCUAGGAAUUGAGUCACACUAAAAGGUUAACAUAGAAAUUGUAGUUGUGCAUAGAUAGGCUAACAUUGUCUCAGACUGAGAUGCUCCCUUGAUGUAUGACUUGUUACAGAGAAUAUUGUCUAUAUUUGAUAUUAACAAUAUGGUUUGUAAAAUAUUUUUCGGGCUAAAAAAAGAAUCAGUUAUAAUUUUUGAAGAA